AUGAAAACUCUGGGGAUCCUGCUGGUGCUGGUGGCUUGGAACAUUAGCAACGGUAUGGCGAGGCCAGAUGGAACAUCCGUCAACGCCCAUCAUCCGAUGGAAUGGGAGCUGGUAUGCGAUAAAGACUUCUACCCGACACUAGCGCUGAUCCUCUUCAAUGCCGGCGGACUCAUCGGGAACUACAUAUUCGGUUGCCUGCAGGACGGGAUCGGACGGCGGCCGUCGUUCUUCAUCUACCUCGCCAUCGAGUGCUUCUUCGGCGUGGGGACGGCCUUCGCGCAGGACUUCGUCACGUGGACCGUGAUGCGCGUCGGCGUGGGCUUCACAGUGCCCGCCAUCUUGGGCACCCCUUACGUCCUCGCCAUCGAGCUGGUGGGGCCGGCGCACCGCACCACCUGCACCAUCCUCACCAACAUCGCCUACUCGGUGGGGCUGGUGCUGCUGGCCGCGGUGGUGUACCUGGUGAGGGACUGGCGCCAGCUGGCGCUCGCCACCUCCGUGCCCUUCGCCGUGUUCUUCCUCUACUGGUGGGUGCUGCCGGAGUCCUCCAGGUGGCUGCUGGCGCGAGGCAGGUUCGACGAGGCAGAGAAGAUCCUGCAGACGAUGGCGCGGGUCAACGGCAAGUCACUGCCCGCAAACUACAUGCUCCAGCUCAAGAGGAAGUUCCAGGUGGAACAGUACGUGCAGAAGAAAGAGAAGAACAGGCGGUACGGAGUGAUGGAUCUCCUCCGCACGCCGAACCUCAGACGCAAGACGCUCAUCAUCACGUUCAUAUGGUUCACGAACACGAGCGUGUACGUGGGGCUGUCGUACUACGCGCCGGCGCUGGGCGGCGACGAGUUCCUCAACUUCUUCCUGGCGGGCGCCGUGGAGCUGCCCACCUACGUGUUCCUGUGGCCCGCCAUGGACUGCUGGGGGCGGCGCUGGACGCUGUGCGUGUCCAUGGCCGUGGGCGGAGUCGCCUGCCUGGCCACGCUGCUCUCGCAGAGCGACUCUAGCGUGACGCUGGCGCUGUACUGCGUGGGCAAGAUGGGCAUAUCGUCGUCCUUCGUGGUGCUGCCCCUGCUGGCCUCCGAACUGUACCCCACCGUGGUGCGCGGCCUGGGCAUGAGCGUCAGCUCCGUGGUGGGCAUGCUGGGGCCCGUCUUCAUCCCGCUCGUCAACUACCUGGGCGAGGACAUGCUGGCGCUGCCGCUGACGGUGAUGGGAGCGCUGCUGGUGGCCGGCGGAGCCUGCAGCCUGCUGCUGCCCGAGACGCUGCACCAGCACCUGCCGCAGAGCCUGCAGGACGGCGAGGAGUUCGGCCGGCGCUGGGGCUGGCGGGACUGCGUCAGCUGCUGCCCGCCGAGAGUUGGCGACCUUUCUUCCGAGGAUAAGCCCCAAAUGGCGGAGUCACCUCUGCGGGGGCUGGUGCUGCGAGGCCUCGCCGCCGACAAGAGCCGCCCCCCGCCCGGCUCGCCGUCCUCUUCCCCGGAGGUGACGUCACCGCGCGUGGAGGCGGCGGCGGCAGUGCGGACCGCCCCCUCCCGCCCCGACAGCCCGUCCACGCCCGAGGAGACCAUGAGGAUAACCGUUGUCUGACGAAGGACGAAGAGCUUUCUGCCCUCGGAGCGCGGUCCGGAACGCAGAAGAACAUUCCGGAACAGCGCGGUCCAGAACGCAGAAGAACAUUCCGGAACAGCGCGGUCCAGAACGCCGAAGAACAUUCCGGAACGUUCCGCCCGGACGUGUCUCGAACUUUCGUUGUACAGGAUGUUCCACGUCCCAUCACGACACUUAUUAUUGGAGCCGUUUCUAUUUACGAGGAAGGAAGGAACGAAAAAUUCCGAACCAUUUGCAGGAUUACUGUCUAGAAACGAAUUCUGGAAUGGUUUCCUUCUGUAUGUUACACUUAAAAAAACAAAUAAAAAAAACAUGGCCUAUUAAA